AGGAAGUAAAGUACACUUCAAGUCUCGUAUUCACUCAUUGUCAUUCACGCAAUUAUGGCCACAUGAAAUAACUAAAAGGUCACAUUGAUACACACGAUGGCAUUAUCUGAAUCCCAAAUACCACCCAAUGCCCAGCAUUAUUUGGUGUGUGGCAUUGAAGACUGUGAAAAGAACUGCACGUUUUACUGCAAUGACUGUCACCAACCAAUGUGUGAACAAUGCAGAGAUGAGCAUCAGAAGAAUAAGAAAAGCAGGAGCCAUGAAGUGGUUCCUUAUAAACAACGUAAACGACCGCUUCCUGUGGAGAAAUGCAAGAUCCACCCUACAAAACACAUAGAUCUUCUUUGUGAGGAAUGCCAGAUUCCCAUUUGUUCUAAAUGCACGGGCACAACAGAACAUCGCGGCCAUAAAGUCACUGAUCUUGAGAUGGUCUAUGAUGAAACAUGUUUACUUUUUCACGACGAAAUUGCCAAAAUUCGAAGCUAUUUUGAACCUACUUCUGAAGAUUUGAAAAAGGAAAUUGCUGGAGAUGUCACAGACAUGAAGAAGAUCAUGGAAAGAAUAAGAACAUCUAUUAAAACUGAAGCAGAUGCUGUGAAAAAGCUGGUAGACACAGUCACAUCAGAUAAAAUAGAACAAGUCGACAAAAUACAACAGUCAUUAUUAGAAACGUUAAGUGGUCAAAACCAAGGAAUAGAUGAUUAUAUAAACUAUCUCAAUGAUUUGAUCACAACGCUUUAUGGUUACCUUUCUCCUUUAAACAUGCAACAACUAACAGUUGCUCUCAAAUCAAAAAGCUUGAUCAUUCGACCCAUACCAGAGACAUCUAAACCAGUCCCACCCGUAUUUACUGCUGGUAAAUACAGCAAGGAAGAUGUCGCCAAACUACUGGGUAGAAUAACUGUUCCUAACACUAAACCAGAAGAAAACAGAAAAGUAAAACCCAUGGAGACUGUCACCAAGGUCAGGGAGUUCACAAUACCAGGUUUUUAUGAUGUAUUUCAUAUAUCACUGGGAAAAUUAGGCAGAUUCUGGGCCAGUGAUUAUAAAGGUAACCUUGUACAAACAGAUCUACAUGGGAAUCAGCUACAGAAGAUAGAAACCAGUGGUAAAUGGCAAUGCUACCACACAACCACAGGGGAAGGGGAUCUGAUCUAUACUGACAAAGACAACAAAGUCAUCAAAAGGAUAACACCGGGUUCUCCAAGCACUGAAUUCAUUAAAACAGGAGACUGGGUACCAUCCAGCAUACACUCCUCCGACAUCAACGGGGACAUACUGGUGGGGAUGAUAAAGAACGGAAAAUGUAAAGUCACCAGGUACAACAAGACUGGGACAGAAAAACAGAACAUACAGUGGGACAACAAAGGACAGGAACUGUAUGAGCUAGCGCACUACAUCACAGAAAAUAUCAAUGGUGAUAUCUGUGUAUCAGACUAUGCCAAACAUGCUGUAGUGGUGGUGGAUAAAUCUGGACAGCACAGGUUUUCCUACACAGGUCAGAGGUCAACGUUCACUCCCUAUGGAAUAUGUACUGACGUUCUCGGUCACAUCCUGGUGUGUGAUGUUGUCAGUGAAACAGUCCAUCUCCUGGAUCAGGACGGCCAGUUCUUGUAUCUACUACUCACAUCCCAAGAGGUAAACUCUCCCAAUACUGUGUGUGUGGAUGAUAAGAACAAUCUCUGGGUGGGAAAAUGGAAAACUAACACAGUGACAGUGUACAAGUAUCUACAGUGAACAUUAUAUCUCCAUAUCAUACAUCAAUUAAGUACUGUGUGUAUGUUGUGAGACAAUGUAACAACAACACUGUGAUAGUGUACAAUUACUGGUAUCUACAGUGUACAUUGAAGUAAAUAUAAUUCAUGUUUGUUCGUUAUGUUUAUCAUUAGAUUAAUUUCAAUUUCAGUUGACUAUUAACUAUGCAGGUAUUAACAUUAUUUGUGUUUUUCAUUUUUUUUUUAAUAUUUAUGAGAAACCACUGGCUUAGAUCUUGUCCAACUAUCAAAUGACUUAUUUGCGAUACUCUGUAUAAUAACUAUAUAGUAUGAUGGAAGAUGAUGAGAAAACUUUUCUGACUUAUUUCCCGAUCUUAAAGGGGCAUUGUCACGAUUUUGGUCAAUUUCUGUUUUUCUGUUUUUAUUAUUUACAAUGCUUUAGGAAUGCAUUACUAAUGAUCAAAUAAAAUUUGAGAGUCAGUCGUAGAGAUUUAAGCAAGAUGCAGUGCUCACAAUUCUUUUUCAUGUAAACAAGGCUCGUGUCCUGUUUUUGUUUACAUAGGUUUAAUAUACCACAAAAAGUCUUUAUUCAAGCUGAUUUGCCUAUUUUCUUAUUAAUUUUAAGAAUAAAGAAACAGUUUCUAACGUUUAACACAUUCAUAUUAGGUCUAAAACUGGAAUUUUCACUUUCAACAUUUAAAAUGUAAACAAAUGCUUUGUUUACAUAGCAAAGAAUUGUAAGCUCUGUAACUCGCUUAUAACUCAACAAAUGACAGUCAAAUUUUGAUUGCCUCUCAAAAUUGCCUUAUUAAAGAAUUGUAUACAUUAAAAUCGGAAAAAUAAUUAUUGACCAAAAUCGUGACCAUGCCCCUUUAAAAAAGUAAAUGUGAAAUACUAGUCAACGAGUUGUUUAAUUGAAAAUAAAUCUAGUAUUCCUUUUAUGAUUUAUUUCACUUUCAUCGACAGACAAAAAAGAACAGCCACACAAAUUGUUAAAUUAUUUUGCAGCAUUAUUGUUUUCCAAUGGCGGCGGCAAACGCCCAUCCAUCUUAAAGAAGAGCCCAAAAUGCCCAUAUAUCGUAAUUACAAUAAAAGAAUAUCCUAAUAACGAGAAAAGAUCUCGUUAUAACGACAAAAUACAUGUAUCUCGUAAUAAGGAAAAAAUAUCUCGUAGUAAGUUAAGAAAAAAAAUCUCGCUAUUACGAGUUAAUUAACUCGUUGUUACGAGAAAAGAUCUCGUAUAAAAAUUUACAAGUAAAGAUCUCGUAA